AGGCUCUCCCCACUUGGCAAAACUGCUCAAAAGUGCUCUGGGAUUGACCUCAGUUUCCUCUUUCAGUCUGUGGCGGGUGGUUAAGCCUCUUGCUGAGCACACUGAGAGGAACUUGCUGUCUUUGAUCUUCACCUCCAGAUCAACUUUGACAGAUCAGAAUCAGGGAACGUUUUCAUAAUGGACACUUCAUCCAAAGAAAAUACCCAGUUAUUCUGCAAAAAUUCAGUGCAACCUGUUGGAAGGCCUUCCUUUAAAACAGAAUAUUCGUCCUCAGAGGAAAAACAGCCAUGCUGUGGUAAACUAAAGGUGUUCUUGGGUGCCUUGUCUUUCGUUUACUUUGCCAAAGCAUUGGCAGGAGGCUACCUGAAGAGCACCAUCACUCAGAUAGAGAGAAGGUUUGAUAUCCCUUCUUCACUGGUGGGAGUUAUUGAUGGUAGCUUUGAAAUUGGAAAUCUCUUAGUUAUAACAUUUGUUAGCUACUUUGGAGCCAAACUUCACAGGCCAAAAAUAAUUGGAGCAGGGUGCCUAAUCAUGGGAGUUGGAACAUUGCUCAUUGCGAUGCCUCAGUUCUUCAUGGAGCACAUCUGCUCUUUCCCAGGUACUGUUCCAGAAUGUGAAAUUGAUGCCAGCUCCUCCAUGUGGGUUUAUGUUUUCCUGGGAAAUCUUCUUCGUGGAAUAGGAGAAACCCCCAUUCAGCCCUUAGGCAUCGCCUACCUGGAUGAUUUUGCCAGUGAAGACAAUGCAGCUUUCUAUAUUGGGUGUGUGCAGACAGUUGCAAUUAUAGGACCGAUCUUUGGCUUCCUGUUGGGCUCAUUAUGUGCCAAACUGUAUGUUGACAUUGGCUUUGUAAACCUAGUGUACUUCUUAUAUUUGUGUGCAAGCACCGUUCAGUUUAAUUCUUUAUUUGGCAUGGUGACAUAUAAACCAAAGUACAUCGAGCAACAGUACGGGCAGUCGUCCUCCAAGGCCAACUUCGUUAUCGGUCUCAUCAACAUACCUGCAGUGGCCCUUGGAAUAUUCUCUGGGGGGAUAGUUAUGAAAAAAUUCAGAAUCAGUGUGUGUGGAGCUGCAAAACUCUACUUGGGAUCAUCUGUCCUUGGUUACCUCCUAUUCCUUUCCCUGUUUGCACUGGGCUGCGAAAAUUCUGAUGUGGCAGGACUCACUGUUUCCUACCAAGGAACCAAACCUGUCUCUUCUUAUGAACGAGCUCUCUUUUCAGAUUGCAACUCAAGAUGCAAAUGUUCAGAGACAAUAUGGGAACCCAUGUGUGGUGACAAUGGAAUCACAUAUGCAUCCGCUUGUCUUGCUGGUUGUCAAACCUCCAACAGGAGUGGAAAAAAUAUAAUAUUUUAUAACUGCACUUGUGUGGAAAUGGCAGCUUCUCAAUCAGGAAAUUCUUCAGGCGUAGUGGGCAGAUGUCAAAAAGAAAAUGGAUGUCCCAAAAUGUUUCUGUAUUUCCUUAUAAUUUCAGUCAUCACAUCCUAUACUUUAUCCCUAGGUGGCAUACCUGGAUACAUAUUACUUCUGAGGUGCAUUAAACCACAACUUAAGUCCUUUGCCCUGGGUAUCUACACCUUAGCAGUAAGAGUUUUGGCAGGAAUCCCAGCUCCAGUAUAUUUUGGAGUUUUGAUUGACACUUCAUGCAUCAAAUGGGGAUUUAAAAGAUGUGGAAGUAGAGGCUCCUGCAGAUUAUAUGAUUCCAAUGCUUUCAGGUACCGUAUCAAAUGCAUCCCCACAUCUCACUGCUGCAACAUCCCAGGUUUACACGAUGCCACUGGCACUGAUAAGUCCUCAUGUAGUUUCACUGCUUGUAAAACACAUAUAUCUGGGACUAACUAUGAUACUGGGCAUAGUGUCCAUUUUCCUAAGCAUGGCAGUACUUUUCAUUUUAAAGAAAAAUUAUGUUUCAAAACAUAGAAGCUUCAUAAUCAAGAGAGAACGAACCAUGGUGUCUGCAAGACUCAGGAAGGAAAACUGUACUGCAAGUGAUCAUUUGCUGCUACAACCCAGCUGCUGGCCAGGCAAGGAAACACAACUUUAGGAAAAUGAUGACUUGAAGCCAUGUUUUCUAAUUUGUGGAAAUUCUGCAAACAAAUAAAUUUUAAUCAAAAGAGUUGUGAAUGUGUAAAUUCUUUCUCUUUUCAAAAAAUUCCUUCUUUGUUUGUAACCUUAGGCAUUAGAUAAUAUACCUGAUAACAAAUAUAAUUAAACAUACAACAGAAGAUGCAGAUGAUGAAAGUAAUUUUAAACCUUUUAAUUUACAUACAAAUUCCUUCUAUUACUUAUCCUGCUUUGUUUUGCCUUGUGCCCAUUGAUAUAUUAGCUGUACUCUUAUUAGAACAAUUGCCCUUAUUGUCUAAUGUAAUUUCUAAACUGAAUUACUUGUCUACGGUGAGAAAAUACUGUUAAAAAAAUUAAGUCAUAUCUUUUGCUUCUUCACGUAUCACUUUAAUGAUGAUGUUAGGAUAAGGGAUAAAGUCAGAAUAUGGAGAAGAAGGUUUCAUUUUAAGCUUUGCAGUACAAUAAUUGAUAUAGAAAUGUGUAGUGGCAAAUGACCUUGGGGUAUUAGAAUUUUGGAUUAUUAGCUCUUCAUUUUCAUGUGCUUUUUUUGUGACACUAUAAAUGACCAUGGCUGUAAAGUAAUAAAAAUAAAUGUGAACAUGC